AAUCAUCGGCAAAAUAACAUUUCAUUGGUGAACACUACAAAAUCCCCUUCAAAGGCUUCAGGCUUCGGCCUGUAGCCAUUGUUAUUUAUAACAACCUUAAAAAUCAACGAAACAUAGCAAAAGUUAAGUUUUUUAACAAGUAUUUAGUAAAGUAUUUCACAAUAUUUCUCAGUAUAUUUUUUACAAUAUCUCAAAAUGUCUCAGUGGAAUAAUUCUUACGGCUAUAACAACCAAUUCCAAGCGCCGCCUAAUUCGUGGAAUAGAGAUGUUAAUGGGCAAUAUGUAAAUCAACCUUACUAUGACAACAGACAAUAUGAGUCAAGCAACCAAUAUGUAAGUUUUGAUGAAUUUUUAACACAAAUGCAGGGUAAUGGUGUUCCACAAAAUAAUGCUUCUAAUUACAAUAAUGUACAGUACCAAGCAUAUCCAACUAAUCAAUACAACUAUCAGAAUGUACCAUCACAAAAUCCACAGAUGGAAUACAAUUAUGGACACCACAACCCUAACACAAGUAAUACUCUGGAUACUUAUUCAGUCAAUGUUCAAAACCAAUACAACCAAUCUGUACCCGAGUUAAAUACUUAUUCAAAUGAAGUUGUAAUGAAUUCAAAGUUGACACCGACUGCAACAGAAUUUGUGCCAAAGUGUUCCAUAAAUGUGGCUUCUACUUCUCAAAGUACUUCUCAAGAAACUUCAGUUACAAAUGAUGUACCAUCUAACAAAAGUGGUAAUACUAAAUCAUCAGAAACCAAUUGGAGAGAAAGACCGAGUAACAACGAAACAGUUAACUCUCAAGUGGAAACAAACAAUUUUAACCGAUAUCAAAAAAAUUAUAAAAAUACAGAAGGAAAUCGUAAUCGUGAGUCUAAUAGUCGAUAUGAAAAUAAACGUAAUAAUGAAACAAACCAAGAAUCUAACGGGCGCUACCGUAAUGGACAUAGUAGUAACAGUAAUCAAUCAAAUCCACAAAGUAAAGAAUCAUCAAACCAAAAUAAAGAACCAGAAAACUCUGCUAAUGAUUCCUCUAACCAUCAAAACGAAAAUCAUCGAAAUUUCGAAACAGGAAACCGAAACGAAACAAGAAAAUAUGCAAAUGAAAAUAAUCAAUCUAAAUCAAAUUCUAAAGCAAAAAAUAAAGAUUCAGAUGCAGGUCGUACCUUCUAUAAUAGUUCUAUCAAUAAAAAUAGUCAAGAUGUUAGGAAUGGUAGAGGGGAAGGUUCUGGAAGAAAUCGAAACUGGAUUGGCAGUCAACGUCUCCGGACAACAGAACGUAAUAUUGUUGAAGAUGAACAAUAUGCUAAUACUUACAUGCAUUACAAAGAUGACAGAGCGGAACGAAUAGCAAAUAAUAAUAGGCAUGAAAAAACCGCUAGUCCUGUAAAAGGAAGAAGUAAACCUACUAAUGACUCGGGAGUUUCAGGCAACACAGCGAUGACCCAACGUGAACGCCUCACUGAACAAUUAGACAAGGGUACUUUAGAAUGUCUGGUGUGCUGUGAAAGAGUCAAACAGACAGAUUCUGUUUGGUGGUGCUCAAAUUGUUACCAUGUUUUACAUCUUAGGUGUAUAAGAAAAUGGGCCAUGAGCAGUUUAGUUGAAGGCAAAUGGAGAUGCCCGGCAUGUCAAAACACGAAUGAAGACAUCCCAACAGAGUACCGUUGCAUGUGCGGUGCUGUUAAAUCACCAGAGUACUCACGUGGCUCUGUCAGUGCUCACACAUGUGGCAAGUCAUGCCGUCGACCGAGGAAUUGCCCACAUCCCUGCACUUUGCUCUGCCAUCCCGGCCCCUGUCCACCUUGCCAGGCGACUGUCAGCAAACAAUGUGGCUGCGGUGCGGAGACUCGUUCUGUGCUAUGCAGCAGCAAGCUGGCGCAGCUGUGCGGGCGCGAGUGCCGACGCAAGCUGACCUGCGGCGUACACGAGUGCCAGCGCGAGUGUCACGAGGGUCCAUGCGAUGAAUGCUCCGAAAUUGUCACACAAGUGUGCUACUGCCCCGCGGCUAAGACGCGAUCAGUACCGUGCACGUCGGACACGAGUGGCGAGCACGCGUGGUCGUGCGGCGCGGCGUGCGCACGCGUGCUGUCGUGCGGCGCGCACGUGUGCCGGCGUGUCUGUCAUGCCCCGCCAUGCGCUCUCUGCCCCCUGCGCCCCGACAACGUGCACUCCUGCCCCUGUGGCAACACUAAGAUAGAAAAGGAUCAACGAAAGUCCUGCACGGAUCCGAUUCCUUUAUGCGGUAACAUCUGUGCCAAGCCGUUGCCCUGCGGCCCGGAGGGAGAUAAACACUUUUGUAAACAAUUGUGUCACGAAGGUCCAUGUCCGACAUGUCCUGACAAGACUCUGUUACCGUGCCGUUGUGGUCACUCGAGCCGGGAGGUGCCAUGCUCAGACUUGCCCGACAUGCUCAACAAUGUCUUCUGCCAGAAGAAAUGUAACAAGAAGUUGUCUUGCGGUCGCCACCGUUGUCGUACUGCGUGCUGCGCUGCGCAGUCGCACCGCUGCGCAGUUGUGUGCGGGCGCACUCUCUCCUGUCAGCUCCACCGCUGUGAGGAGUUCUGUCACACCGGACACUGCGCACCCUGCCCCCGCGUCAGUUUCGAAGAACUCCAUUGCGAGUGUGGCAUGGAAGUGUUAUUGCCACCAAUCCGGUGUGGCACUCGUCCACCUGUGUGCCAAGCUCCUUGCCGACGCGAGCGACCUUGCCACCAUCCGCCUCACCACUCCUGUCACACCGGAGACUGUCCACCCUGCGUCGUACUCACCACCAAGAUGUGCCACGGACGCCAUGAGGAGCGGAAGACAAUACCGUGCAGCCAGGAGGAGUUCUCGUGCGGUCUACCUUGCGGUAAACCUUUACCAUGCGGCAAGCACACCUGCACCAAGACCUGUCACAAGGGACAAUGCGAUACUGACAAAUGUAAGCAGGCGUGUACGGAGAAGCGCGCGAGCUGCGGACACCCGUGCGCUGCGCCCUGCCACGUGGACAAUGGCGGAGUCUGCCCCAGCGCCGCGCCCUGCCGACGUCUCGUGCGCGCCACAUGCGCCUGCGCACGUCGCACUGCUGACAGACCCUGUCACGAGAACGCCAGAGACUACGCCAAAAUGAUGAGUGCGCUGGCGGCUACAAAAAUGCAAGAAGGAGGCUCCGUGGAUCUUUCGGAAGUGCAUCGCCCCGGGGCUAUGCUGAAGACCUUGGAGUGCGAUGACGAGUGCCGUAUGGAGGCGCGCAGCCGGCAGCUGGCGCUGGCUCUGCAGAUCCGUAACCCUGACGUGUCCGCCAAGUUAGCGCCGCGCUACAGCGAACAUGUGCGCACCACCGCCGUACGCGAACCCGCAUUCGCACAAAACGUUCACGAUUGCCUCACAGAGCUCGUGCAGCGCGCUAAGAAGUCUAAACAGAAGACGCGCGCACAUUCAUUCCCUUCAAUGAAUCGUCAGAAGCGUCAGUUUAUCCACGAGCUGUGCGAGCACUUCGGUUGUGAGAGCGUCGCCUACGACGCGGAGCCCAAUCGCAAUGUCGUCGCCACCGCUGACAGGGAGAAGUCGUGGUUGCCAGCGAUGAGUGUGCUGGAGGUGCUGGCUCGCGAGGCAGGCAAGCGGCGUGUGCCGGGGCCCGUGCUGCGCGCGCCCGCAGCACCACCGCCCACACCAGCUCUCGCCACGCCCACAACAUCCACCAGCAGAAGCACUGGAGGUUGGGCGACAUUGACAUCUACUAAUGCGUGGGCAGCUCGUAGUCAGCCUGCUCGCGUCGAGCCUAAGAUUGACUACUUCGACAACCCACCUGAAAACUAAACUAUAGCACAUACCUACAGGCCAGUUUCAUGUAUAGUCGAACCAGGAUAAAGGAGAAUCCAUAGGCCUUCGAUAUGUUUCUCGCUUUUCCAGGUUUGGGUUUCCACUGCCGUGAUACAUGUUGUCUUUGUUUUUUCAAUAUAACAGAUGAUAUGUGUCAAGGCAAAACUUAAAGUAGCGUAACUAAAUUUGCAUACGUACUUGUAAUGGUGUAUUUUUUUUUAUUUAUUUAAUAUAUAAUUUGUAUGAAAUCUGUUUGCAUAAUAUAACGUUUUGUAUAUUUGCCUCGUCUGGAUGAAUUAGUAUAAGUAAUAUACAAACAUCUCUAUAUUUAUAUAGACAACUAGCUGUCGCCCGCGACUCCGUCCGCGCGCAGU